AUGACGGAGCUGCUUAUAGCGAGUAACGCGGUGCGCACCAUGGAUCCGUACGAGGCGUCGCUCUUCUUCGUGCCGUUCUUCUCGGCGCGACUCACGCUGUACCAUUUCAAGGACUGGGAGAACAACAUGCGCGGCGCCGUGGAAGAGGCAUCCAAGGUUUGGACGGAAAUCCUCACCACAGUGCGGCGCAACUACCCCUUUUUCAACCGCACCAACGGCCGAGAUCACUUCAGCAUCCUCACGCUCGAUCACGGCCGUUGCCACUCGCUCACGUUCGUGGACCCGGGCCUCGUGGGCGAGAUGUUCUUUGUGACUUAUAACGGGGACAAACUCGUUAGGAGUGUGCACGCCAGCAAGGAGCGCAACAUGCAGGCCAUAACAUACAACUACAAAAUCCCAGUGGACCCCUCUCUCCCGGACAUCCCCUGCUACCUACCCGACCGCGAUAUUGUCGUGCCCGUGCUCGUGAGCAAGGGGCUGCCACUGGUGGCACCGUGGGAGGGCGAGCGGGAUCGCACCGUGCUGUUCCGGUUUGGAGCAGGGCAGCACCAUGGGGUGCCGAUAUGGCACCACGGGCACCAGAUACGGAAGGAGUUGCUGGAGCUGUACACGCAUGCAGGGUAUGAGGGGUGGGACUUUGCGGAGAAGGGCGAGGGGGAGACAGACCCUGACUGGCGGACGGCUGUCUUCUGCAUCUGCCCGCCCGGCCACUCCCAGUGGACCAGCCGCCCCUUCAAGGCGCUCAUCUCUCGGUGCAUCCCUGUGACGUUCUUCCGAGAGCACGACAACCCGUGGCAGGACGAGCUAGAGUACUCCCCCUUCACCUUCCCUUUUCCCCCCUUCUCUCCACAUCCCCUCCCCCCAUCCGCCCUACCUCAGGCGCUCAUCUCUCGGUGCAUCCCAGUGACGUUCUUCCGAGAGCACGACAACCCGUGGCAGGACGAGCUAGAGUACUCCCCCUUCACCUUCCCUUUUCCCCCCUUCUCUCCACAUCCCCUCCCCCCAUCCGCCCUACCUCAGGCGCUCAUCUCAGGGUGCAUCCCAGUGACGUUCUUCCGAGAGCACGACAACCCGUGGCAGGACGAGCUAGAGUACUCCUCUUUCUCAAUCAACAUCGAUCCGGACAACAUGUGGCAGCUGAAAGAACGGAUCGACGCUGACCCAGCCGGAGCUGCCUCAGAGGAUGCAGAUGGAUGUCGUUCGGGUGCAGGUGGGUGUUGCAUUUCAUCGGGGAUUAUAGUCGGUUACAAUUACGUAGGUCGUGGGUAA